UCAAUCAAUCAAAUAGUAUAAGUAACUCGAACUUUGAUGAUUGAGCUUCCCCUUUGGCCCCUUUCGCCAUUAAUGAUAGGUGGUGGCUCUGGAGGUGGAGCUGUUUUAGUCAAUGGCCGGCGAAGAACCCGAAAAGGAGGAUGGGGAGGAGGAUGCAAUAACAGUAACAGAGGCCUUAUUACCUUGCCUGGAUGGUGCGAAACUGGUUGAUGCACCUAUUCUUUUCUUUGUUCUUUCUCACAAGGCUUUUGUCAGGGAGCUUGAGCAGCUCCACCGCUCCGCCCUGGAGGUGGCUGACACUGGGUCCCCUGAUCGCCAGUUUGUGGAUGAUCUUGGCCGGAGGUUUGACUUCUUUAAGCUUGUUUAUAAGUACCACGCUGCAGCGGAAGAUGAGAUUGUAUUUCCAGCUCUAAAUAGCAAAGUAAAGAACGUGGUGACUACAUCUGCAUUAGAACAUAAGUGCAUCAAUGAUGACUUCUGCUCCGCAGUCCAGUGCUUGGAUCUUUUAAGAAAAGAGUGUGAAGAUUUUACCCAUCUGUUUCAAAAACUCAUCUUCUCCAUCAGCUCUAUAAAGUCCGCUAUCUGCGAGCAUAUGCUGAAGGAAGAAAAAUUGGUUUUUCCUUUGGUGAUAGGACAAUUCUCUUCUGAAGAACAGGCUAAGCUUGUUUGGCAGUAUAUCUGCAGUGUUCCUAUUGCUUUAUUGGAAGAUUUUCUGCCGUGGAUGGCUUGUUCUCUUCCUCCAGAUGAGAAACUAGACCUUCUGGAUUGCAUGAAGAUUGUUGUAUCCAAGGAAGAAGUGCUUGAAGAGGUGGUCAUCUCUUGGCUUAAUAAUAAGAAACCUUCUCCUCCUGGAGCCUGCAAUGUCUAUGGACAAGGAGCUCAAUUUUACAGUGGACACGUUAGCUCCAUGGAGAUACUCAAGAUACAUCCAAAUACAUUUGAUUUUGGUGAAGAAGAAAAAUCAAAGCUCUGUUCCAUUUACACAUCUAUAGGACCAAACCCACUUGAUGGCAUUUACAUUUGGAAUACUGCUCUUGCAAGAGAUUUCAGGAAAGUUCUGGAUGAGUUAUACCAAAUAAGAAGCUUGAACAACAUGUCAAACUUGUCUUCCAUAGUAGUUCAGCUACAAUUCCUUUUAGAUGUCCUUAUCUCCUACAGCAACGCAUUGGAUCAAAUAUUUUUUCCCCUGGUAAAUGACCUUUCCAAGAAUGUCCUACCAUUAUCUUGCACACGACUUGUGGAGAAAGGUCAAGUCGAAAGGCUUCAAUUCUUGCUGUACGGAGUGCUUCAAGAUGGAGCGCAACCAAGCAAUUUCCUGAAGGGCCUUUGCAGGGAAGUGGAGUUGCUUGUGAGAGGAAUUAGCAAAAACCUGACACAUAUAGAAACAGAGGUAUAUUCUUCUAUUGGCAAGAAGUGCAGCCAUAAUAUGCUGCUGUGGCUGUUAUAUGCAGGUCUCAAAACUAUGCCUCUUGGGUUGUUAAAAUGCACUGUUCUUUGGUUUUCUGCUACUUUAUUGGAUGAGCAGUUCAAGACCAUGCUGGACGCCAUGACAGAUGCAUGCCCUUUAGGCAACAAGCCAAUUUUAAUUCUGUUGCAUAGUUGGGUUCGCAUGGGUUAUUUAGGUAAAAUAUCCAUGGAAAGGUUUGCAAAAGAUCUGCAAGAAAAUUUUAUCAGAGGAAUCUAUUUCACAUCUGAUCGAAUUGGGGAGGAUGUUGGGUUUGCUAAUUUAAAGUUUGAUAUACAAGCCUGCACUAUAUUUAACACCCUAGAAUCUGAGCCGAGCCCUGCUGUAAAAGAUAACAAGAUGGUCUGCAACCCCUCAUCUUCUCAUUCCAAAACCAAUGAGAAGCCUGAAUCUGGUGGAAUGACUCUUCAUAAAUUCUCCCCUCAAAUGUGGAGCAAUAUUCUUUCUGUUGUGAGACAUCCUGCUGAGAAUGGCAUUGCCAAAAAAGUUUUGGCUCUAGAAUCAAGACCAAUGGAUCAUUUUGUGUGCUUUCACAAAGCUCUCAUAAGAGAUCUGGACUACAUUGUCUUUCUUUCAGCUAACAUGGCCAAAAGCUUUCAGUUUAUCCCUGAUUUACGUAGACAUUUUGAACUUCUAAAGUUUCUGUAUGACAUUCACAGUGCUUCAGAGGAUGAGGUUGUCUUUCCGGCUCUAGAAUCAAAGGGGAAACUCAAAAACAUUACCCAGUCUUACACCAUUGACCAUAAAUUGGAGGAGGAAAACUUCGCCAAAGUUUCAUCUCUGCUAAAUGACAUUGCCACCCUGCAUGAUGAUCUAGACAAACCGGGUGAGGGAAGUCUACAAUAUCGACAGAUGUGUUUGAAGCUCCAUGAGACUUGCCUGUCUAUGCAGAAAAUAAUCUCGGGGCAUAUUCAUCGUGAAGAAAUUCAACUUUGGCCUUUAUUUGGAGAAUACUUUUCCACUGAGGAACAAGAAAAGAUGUUAGGGUGUAUGCUUGGCAGAACUAGAGCUGAAACUCUACAAGAAAUGAUACCCUGGUUGAUGUCAGCUUUAACCCAAGAUGAACAACAUGCCCUGAUUUCUCUGUGGCGUAGGGCUACAAAAAAUACCAAUUUUGAACAAUGGUUAGGAGAAUGGUGGGAAGAUAUGAAAGAUUAUUGUGUUGCUAAGGAUGAAGAAGAAUCCUCUUUUCCUCCUUCCUUGGCUGCUAACCCUCUGGAAGUUGUCUCAGUGUAUCUGGGGGAACAAACAUGCAGAGAAAGCAAACUUUCAGGAAAAGAAGUUUCUGAUAACAAUGCUGAGCAUUCUGGGUAUAUAUGUCCAUAUUCAAAAGAUUUCAAAGGUGGUCAAAACAAUGAUAAAUAUGAAGAUCUAGUCAACUGUGGUGAAGAACUUGAUAAGAAAACUGAUCAGCAAAUUGUUGAUGAUCAAGCUGAUAAAGCUGGACAAAACAUUCAGGCGUGCCAUGAUGAGCAUCCACUGGAAUUAAAUCAAAAGGAGCUGGAAACUGCAAUAAGAAGAGUGUCCCGUGAUCCUACAUUGGAUUCUCAGAAGAAAUCACAUAUCAUCCAGAGCCUGAUAAUGAGCCGUUGGAUUGUAACACAACAGAAUUCGAACACGUUGAGUGCUGCGGCUAAUGAUAGAGAAGAAGAUUUUGGCCAGUAUCCAUCUUAUCAGGAUUCUCUCAAUGAAAUUUUCGGCUGCAAGCACUACAAACGCAACUGUAAACUUCUUGCUGCAUGUUGCAGCAAACUGUUUACAUGCAUAAAAUGUCAUGACGAGUUCACGGAUCAUUCUAUGGAAAGAAAAGCUAUUACAAAAAUGAUGUGCAUGAAAUGCUUGGUAAUUCAACCAGUUGGCCCAAAAUGCUCAAACAAUGCUUGCAAUAAUUUUCCAAUGGCAAAAUACUAUUGCCCAGUUUGCAAACUAUUUGAUGAUGAAAGGAAAAUUUAUCACUGCCCUUAUUGCAAUCUGUGCCGAGUUGGGAAGGGAUUGGGUAUUGAUUACUUCCAUUGUAUGAAUUGUAAUGCUUGCAUGUCACGGUCUCUUUCCGUGCAUAUCUGCAGAGAGAAGUGCUUUGAGGACAACUGCCCAAUCUGCCAUGAAUACAUUUUUACCUCAAGCUCUCCAGUCAAGGCACUUCCAUGUGGUCAUUUAAUGCACUCAGUAUGUUUUCAGGAAUACACAUAUACUCAUUAUACCUGCCCAAUUUGUAGCAAGUCACUUGGGGACAUGCAGGUGUAUUUUGGAAUGUUAGACGCACUAUUAGCUGAAGAGCAAGUUCCGCAGGAGUAUUCAAGUCGAAUUCAGGUUAUUCUAUGCAAUGACUGUGAAAGGAAAGGAAAUGCUUCCUUCCACUGGCAGUAUCACAAGUGCCCUCAUUGUGGUUCAUACAAUACCAGGCUUCUAUAAGCCAAAUACACAGGCGGCUGUUGAACCCAUAAAGAGUUUACAGCAUUGUUUUCCUUGGAAUCCAUGUAAGUUGCAUUGUAAUUGGCAGCGUUGGCACUAU